AUAUCCAAACAUUCUAUGGUUAUUUUCACAGUCUUCCAUUCUGUGAUGGCUUCACAAAAAAAAACUAACAAGCAAAAAACAAAACACUCCAAUUAUUUGUAUGCUAGGUAAUCCAAGUUAAAUGAUGACACGAUAACCCAAUGAUGGAGACAUCUGCCAUCAUCAUUUGUCACUAACCGCCGCUAAAGUCCAAUGUCAAUCACUCUUCUCGCGCCUGUACUUUGCUCCACCGCCAUUAUGAUAAGAGCUAGCCAUCCGGCCGGCCGGCUGGUCGACAUAUCAGCUCUGAGUGCUGAUAAAGGCUCACUUUGGAGUGUUUGCAGUGCGGGCACGGCUUUCUGUGCCGAGCGCUUGGAGCUUCUCAAACAAAUUGCCAGGGAGCGCACGCGGGACGGCCCUAUCAGACCGUAUUAGCCCUGCAAGACCACCGUCAUGACUCCGGUGGCCCCCUUUCCUCACAGGCCUGUCAGCACUCGCACCAUCGGGACUGAGGAUUAAACAUUAACAGGCGGUUCUGUGUCUGAUGAGUGAGCUCGCCGGCAGUAGCCCCUCCCAGCUCCACCGCCGCCGUUAUGGUCGACAUUGAGAGCCACUACCGUCCCCCCUCGCCCCUGGAGGAGUCUAUACUGGGCAGCCCACUGUGUGCCACCGAUGAUGACUUCAUUGGUGGCAUGGAGGAGCUGCACGACAUCUCGCAGUCCAUCGACAGCAGCACUCUCAGCUCCUACGACGCCCCCGAGUACCAGUCGUCCAGCAACGGUUCAGAGAGUUCCACCAUCUUUGACACCCUGACCCCAGCGUCCAGCCCGUCGUCGGUGGUUUACAGCGUGGCGGCGGGCCAGGAGGACAUUUCAUCUUCCUCCUCGUCAUUGCUCAGCCUGGAGUGUCGAGUGUGCGCCGAUCGAGCCUCGGGCUACCACUACGGUGUCCACGCCUGCGAGGGCUGCAAGGGUUUUUUCCGGAGGACCAUCCGUCUCAAGCUGGACUACGACAAGUGUGAGCGCCGCUGCAAGAUCCAGAAGAAGAACCGCAACAAGUGCCAAUACUGCCGCUUCCAGAAGUGCCUGUCUGUGGGCAUGUCCCACAACGCCAUCCGUUUCGGCCGGAUGCCGCAGUCGGAGAAACUGAAGCUAAAGGCGGAGAUGGUGACAGGGGAGCGGGAGGUGGAGGACCCCCAGCUGGCUGACCAGAAGACUCUGGCUCGGCAGAUUUAUGAGGCCUACCUCAAGAACUUCAACAUGAACAAGGCCAAGGCUCGCACCAUCCUCACGGGGAAGGCCAGCACUCCGCCGUUCGUCAUCCACGACAUGGAGACGUUGCAGCAAGCUGAGCAGACGCUGGUGGCCAAGAUGGUGGGCUCGGCGGGGGUGCUGCAGGACAGGGAAGCAGAAGUGCGUAUCUUCCACUGCUGCCAGUGCACCUCCGUGGAGACGGUCACCGAGCUCACAGAAUUCGCCAAAUCCGUCCCGGGAUUCUCCGCCUUGGACCUCAACGACCAGGUGACUCUUUUGAAAUACGGCGUUUAUGAGGCCCUCUUCGCUAUGCUGGCCUCGUGCAUGAACAAGGACGGUCUCCUGGUGGCGUACGGCUCUGGCUUCAUCACGCGGGAGUUCCUCAAGAGCUUGCGGCGGCCAUUCAGUGACAUGAUGGAGCCCAAAUUCCAGUUUGCCACCAAGUUUAACGCGUUGGAGCUGGACGACAGCGACCUGGCGCUGUUUGUGGCCGCUAUCAUCUGCUGCGGAGACCGACCCGGCCUGUCGAACGUGACGCACAUUGAGCGGAUGCAGGAGAGCAUUGUGCAGGUGCUACAGCUUCACCUGCUGGCCCACCACCCUGAUGACGCGUUCCUCUUCCCUAAGCUGCUGCAGAAACUUGCCGACCUGCGGCAGCUGGUCACUGAGCACGCUCAGCUGGUGCAGGAGAUCAAAAAAACAGAGGACACGUCGCUGCACCCGCUGCUGCAGGAGAUCUACAGAGACAUGUACUAAGGAACCAAAAGGAGGCGCCCAGUCUCCUUUUAUUGGUCCAUAAGCUAAGAGAUGGAGUCCUGAACUAUCUUAAAGCUUGUUUCCACCGAGCAGCACAGUUUGGUACAGCGCCCCCUUAGUUUCUCUUUUUGGAGGGUGCCAACCAUUGUGGGAUGGUACCUAAAGGGUGGUGCUUGAUUUGUUGACACUUAAGUCUGAAAACAAAACAAAAAAGUUAGCUCACUUUUGUUUGAAAACAACAACUCAUUGGGAAGAAACGGACAAAUGGAGAUGUGCCACACCAUAAUUUGUACCCAGUGGGGACGGCCCCCGAUUACUCUGCUGGGUGGGUGUGCAUUUUUUGAGUAUUUUCAUGAGUAAAAGUUAAGCCACAAAAUAAUGUAUCGGUACCAUAACUUCUUUUGGCAGCUAUUUUAAGGGAGGUACCAACCACAGUGGUACGGUGCCUAAAGGGUGGCACUUGAUUGGUCAAUAGACAAUCUCACUUAAUGCACUGGAAAUAGUUUUACUGACAAAAGUUGUGACAGUUACCAAAAUAACUGAGCCUUACCAUAACAUUUCUUGCCAACUGGGGUACCAACCACAGCGGUACCAAAAACAAUGAGUACCAGAAAGAAAGAAAAGGACAUGUUUUCAUAUUUUGUUUCACUCUGAGCCCAAUAGGGAUCGACUCCCUAUGCUGGGCCCCUCUUUAUGGUUCGUUAGGCAAUUUAGGAGGCACCUUUUCACUGGCAAAAGUUGUGAAAGCCACUAAAAUAAUUGAUCCACAUAUCAUAACAUUUCUUGGCAACUUCCUUUGGGGUACAAACCACCGUGGUACCACCCAAAAGAAUGACUUUCCUUUCUAGUACGAGAAACAAAGCCAUUUUUUUUGGAUUGGUUUCCAGUUUAUGUCACUUCCAAACCGUAUCAUAGCGUCGCUAGCUGAACCGCGCUGCUUGGUGGAAACAUGGUUUUAUGAGCAGCUGAUGAACGAUUUGGAUUUGAUGACGACGCCGCUCUGCACUCCAUCCACUGCAUCAACCUUGUCAGAUUUGAAACACUCAUCAACAGCAAGACUUUUUGGGGUUCACGGCAAACCCUGCUCUGAAAAAAAAAAAAGCCCUAAAAUGAGGAAGAGUGGACUGUCACUCCAGCAGAUUUAUAUAUAGUAUAUACAGUAUAUCUAAAGCCAUAAUCUUUAUUGCAGUAACAGGCCCUCCUGUGUUUUCUCAUUUCAUGUAUCUUUUUUUUCCUCUCUUAAACAAAAGUUCAUGCACAUGCAAAGAUGUGAGGCACUCCAUGCAACAACAGGGUCCAUUUGAGCAUGAAUUCCCCAUUUCACCCCAUUCUUAGAUCUAUUGUUUUGGUCUCUGCAUCAGUCCUCACAUUCAGGGGUCCUUUGCACUCGAAAAAAAGACAACAAUAACAAAUCUGACGAUACCAUUUAAGGAUAAUCUGAUGCUGUUUUUUUAUGCAGUUUAGAUUGAAUCAGGUCUGGUGGUGGUAGACAAACUAAUAUGCUGUAUGAAGGAAUAUUAGGGCUACAAGACAAGGGGGAAAAAAAGUUAAGUUACACAAAUUAAUUUGUAAUAUAAUGAAAAAAGAUUCAUAUUAUUGCCACUUUUACUGGUAAAAUCAUUUUGCCUCAUAGUUUAUACAUAUUUAUGUAUGAAAUGAUGUCUUUUUCCUUCAAAUGCUAUGGCAGGGGUGUCCAAACUUUGUUUUCAUUUCAAACACUAAAAAAGAUUAACUUAUAACUAAAAAAGAAAACAUCGUCUUAUUUUACAUUUACAUAAUCAAAUCAACUAUGAAAAAGAUGGGUAAGGUUCAUUUUUGUUAUUCCAUUCCAUUUGAGACAUGUUAAGUAUGGGAAAUAUGUUCUCAGUUUUGCCGUUUGUUUUGGAACUAGUUAAUUAGCUUGUUGGAUACCCCUGGUGUAGCAUGAUGACUAAAAGUGGGUUAAGAAAUGUCCCACUGCGUUACGGCUUGUUAAACAGCCAUUAUGUCGUAACAAUACAUGGUAUUUCCUACAAAAAUAUAUUGAAUUUAGUCAGAAAUGAUGUGAAAUCCCUUGAAGAAAUGGACCUUGUGUUUGCGAUUGUCCUGAACACAAACAAAAAGGAUCACAAUGCCCCAACUUUUCACACUUCCUACUUCAAACAAACAAUUGUACAGCAAAUGUAGAAAUGUACUGUAUUCUCCGUAGGCUCUAAUUGUCUUUUCAUUGACUGGGAUCGUAUUUUUAUACCACGGCAUGUAUGUGCAAUGUCUGUGACUAAAUCUUAUUACUGUUUUGUUUGAAAAUGCGACUGAACUAGAAAAGACCGAGAAAAAAGGAAAUAUCCAGAGAUUUGAUUUCCCAUUUAGGGACAUUCCGGUGUGUUCUUUGCUGUUUUAAGAGCCACCAAAACUGUAUGUCAAUCGUUUUAGCUUCUUGUUUGGAUUCAAAGUUGCAUUUUGCUCCGAAUUUUCAGUAGCUGGUAGAAACUUGACCCUUUGGAUACGCAAAUAUACCGUCAAAGCACUACGCUGAUUGUAGUCCUCGCCACUUUUAUACGAUGUUCUCAGGUUACACAUGGCUAAACUAAAUAAUGGGCUAAUAUGUGCGAUGCAUCACACAUCUGUUCAAUGUAGAAAUACACUUUUCCACUCGUGAAAAAUGCAGUAUAUGUUUCGUAAUAAGCUUGAUCUCAAAAGGGAUUUAGUAGGAUUUCAUACAAAAAAAAUGCACUUUUUGUAGCAAGCUUGCAUAUCUAUGAUACAUUACCUCUUUUAUAUUUUGGAAUUAAUGAAUGUUGAAAAUAAUAAUAAUAAUAAUACUCCCGUACUCUAACCGCUUUAAAAUGGACUGUUAUGUAAUAUGUAUAAUUUCCUACUAAAUUAUUAUUAUAUAUAUUUUUAGUCUGGUCCACUCGCUGCUAUACUGCACGUUUAUAUAUCUCACUUUUUACGCCGUCGAGUAGAUUAAUUACCUUUAAGCUGCCUCUUACUAACUUGAAUACAGCGUAUUUCCUCAUAUAGUGGUGCUUGCUCAACUACAGAGAGUAGCGGGCAUCUAUAUAAUAUUACGUACUGCAAACAGGAAUAAUUUAUCAAUACAAUUUCUAUUUGAUGGGGUUGUAAUUAAAAAAAACAUUUUUAAAAUGUAAAUUAAGUUACAUUUGAAAUUAAAAAACAUUUUUUAAUUACAUAAUUACACUGAUAAAUAUUUGUUGUAUUUUUAAAAUUAAAUAAAUGUAUCAUUUUGAAUAUUCAUGUAUUUUAUGUAUUUUAUAUAUGAUCAUUGUUUUGUAAUAUUACAUAAUGUUAUGAAAUAAUACAAAAAAGUAAUACAUUUAGAAAAUAAUAUAUAGCAUAUUCUUUUACACGUCAGCUUUGCAUAUGUCAUGUCUGCUUGUCAUACUUUUUGAGGUGCCUAAUUGUUUCAUAUGGACAAUUUUGGGUCACUUUGAGGCCACUAUUUGAGGAAAUACGGUAUAUCAUCUCAAAGAAUGUACCUAAGCUCACACCUGCAGAUUUUUUUUCAGUAUAUGCCCACUUACCUCCCCAACAUUUGGUGCCUUACUGUGAAUCCACAUCAUGAAACACUAGAAAUUCUGAUAAAACUCCACCUGUCUGUGACCUGCAGACUACAGUGCAUUAGAUAUGUUGGCAAAGUGCAGAAUCAGCUUUAAAAUGAUAAGGAAGAGGGCCUCCAGUGGAGAUAUAGUGUACUUUUGAGUGUUAAAACGAUAUGGGACUUUUAAGAAAGGAAACAGUCUUCCUUCAUUGAACUCAGGAUAUACAGACGUACUGUUCAUUCAUUUUCUCUGUCGUCUUUCGGGAAUAGUUCUCUGCCUUAUAGCCUACCAACAAGAAUAUUCAUUCAUAAAAUUUGUAUUUUUACCCCCUCACCCAGCAAGAACUGUCAACAUGCUACUUCCAGUUGUGAUAGGAAUAAGCUAAUAUGAUUUUUGUUAGUCUGCUUUUGUGGUUGAAGGUGUCCUGCAAAGAGGAGACAAAUGAUGUCAUUGUGUAUUGUGACUUGGCAAGGAUAUUAUCAAUGUUUGAUGAAUGUAUAGAUAUAAAUAAUACAAGUUGAAAGUGAAUGGAAAAUAAAACUUUUG